AUGCUGAACGUCGUAAAGCGCGCAAAGUUGCCCUCGGGAGUGCGGAACGCCUCGAGUAUCGCCUCCACCUGCGGCGACACGCCCGCCGCCACGUCCACACCGAAGCCACCGACUUUGAUGCGCUCACUAACUGUGGCGUCGGCGCUGGCGGCGACAGUAGUAGUAGCAGCAGCAGCAGCAACGUCGGUGUUGAACAGCGAGAAGGAGUCGUUUGCGCUUCCCAGCAACAUUCCUGACAUCGCAAAAGAGCCGGUCCACGCAGGCUUGCCGCUAUUGCCGUAG